GGCCACUGGCGGCAGCUCCGUCGGCCCGCAGACCACCGCUGGAUCGCCGUCACGCGCCAGCCUUGCGCCCGCCCCGCCUCGGCGCAGCGUCGUCACGGGGCCGCAGACGCACCGGCUGCCGCCACGGGUGAUGUGGAGCAUCACGCUGCUCACCGCGGCAUCCAUUCCGUGGCAGUGCUGAAUUUCGUCACCAUUUUCAGCAUCGAGUACUCUAUCGAGCUGAAGUUUUUAGUCAUGCAGCAGACCAUUGCCAAUUCUGGCCUUACCUGGGGCGUCGUGGUCGUCGUCGCUGCAUCCCUGUUCUACGCCCUAAUAAAUGGGCGUCUGCCUCAUACAGUUUUUCGCUCCGAGCUGCGGUGGCUCCGGCCUGCCGGAGAACAAGUGCUUCCUGAACGGCGCGCGCAUGCCUGGCUUCUACACCAGGCGCACGCUGCUGGUGCGGGUUGCCACCACCAUCCUGGCCAACGCAGCCGGCUUUCCUGUUGGGCGCGAGGGGCCCACCGUGGUAAUUGGCAGCAACGUGGCAUUCCUCAUCUGCCAGCGCAUCGUGCGCCCGAUUCUCAAGCAGUGGGUGGAUUUCAACAGCGACGCGCGGGAGGCCGUCGUGGUCGACGAGGAGCGGUUCGAGCACGCGACGAGGAUUGCUUGCGCAGUGGGCGGCGCGUGCGGGAUGGCCAUGAUCUUCAACGCACCAUUCGGCGGACUGCUGUACAUGUUCGAGGAGAUGACAUCCACCGCCUGGCCCUGGGAGCUGACAUUUCUCGUGUUCACCGCCACUAUGCUGUGCACUCUCAUCUCUUACGGCAUGCUGAACAUCAGCGGUCACGACAUCCUGGAGUUCGUCAUCUACAGCAGGCUGCACGAGCAGCGGAACUGGCAGUGGACGGACGUCCCGUGGUUUGUCGUGCUGGCAGCCCUUUUGGGCUUGCUGACCUCUGUGCACACCCGUGGGUGCCUCAUGCUCGCGAGUUGGCGGGGCAAUCUGGCUAAGAGGCCCACGGGCUCCUCGAACCUGCAGUACGUGCAAUUCAACUGCGAGCCAGGAGAGUACAAUGCCAUCGCCUCUCUCCUGGUGACCACCUCUCACAGCUCCGUGAAGCUGCUCUACUCGGGCAGCAACGCGGGGGAGAUCCGGUGGUGGUCGAGCAUCAUAUCCUUCGUUGUGUACUUCUGCCUGAACGUCGGGCUCAGCGGGCUCCCUGUGCCCGGAGGCGCCUUUACCGCGACUAUGCUGCUGGGUGGCCUUUUCGGCCGCUGCGUGGGCAGCCUCGUCCGCGAGGCGGGGCUCUCCGAUACCGUCUCGGGCGUGUACGCCGUGGUCGGCAGCGCCGCGAUGCUGUGCGGCUUCAAGCAGAUGACCCUGUCGGUGGUCCUCAUCACAGUGGAGUGCGUCAACGACCUCACCCUGGCGCCCGUUGUCAUGCUCAGCGUGUGCGUCUCCAUGGCGGUGAACUGGCGCAUCAACCGGCGGGGGCACGACGAGGAGCAGAUCGCCCGGAAGCGCCUGCCCUUCCUGGAGGGCGACGCACCGCCCCACCUGGACAGCGCCCUGGCGGUCGGGCUCUGCGACCGGCUGCCCAGCGAGGCGGUGCUGCCGCGGGAGUGCCCCGUGCAGGACGCCAGGAGGGCGCUGGAGGCCAGCAGGGACGGGCAGAGCUUCUCGGAGUUCCCCGUGGUGGACCGGGAGUCGGGCCAGUGCAUCGGGAUCGUAGGCCGGGCGGAGCUCGAGGCGGCCUUGCGGGCGACGCGGGGGGGCAGCCCGCGCAAGCAUCAGUCGAGGGCGUUCGCGCAGGACCCUUUCCUGGCGCAGGACGACACCCCGUGGCUGCGGAGGAUCAGCAGCGAGAUCGACGAGGGCACCCCGGCGCUGUCGCUGCACCGCCUCAUGGACCCCACGCCUUUCACGGUGCUCGAGGACAUGCCCGCCCCGAGGUUGCACGCGCUCUUCGCGCGCGCGGGCGAGCGCUCCUGCGUGGUCAUCGACCGGAACGGGGCGUUCAAGGGGCUCGUCUCCCGCUGCGGCCUCAUCCAGGCAGGGCCCAUCUCGAUUCGAUCGGUCUUGGGAUCCGAGGAGGACAAGCGAAUUACCCAUUGCCGCUACCGUUCCCUCGUUCUCGCUUAGCUGGGCCUCUUGGGAGGCCCUCGUCGCCACCGCUGGAUUCGCCUCGGGAUUCUGGUCAGAACGCACCUUGGGAGAGGUCUGGGGAGUAGCGGCAUCUUUCCCCAGAUCCUAGGAGGGCACCAACUAU